AUGUCCGGGCCUUACGAUUCCUACGGAGGCGGUCAGAACUACGGUAGCCAAUAUCCCCAGCAAGGGUAUGGUAGCGGUCAAGGCUACCCCCCUCAGCAGUCAUACGGCCAACAGUAUCCUUCUCAACAAGGCUACCAACAAUACCCUCCUCAAGACCAGGGCUUCGGCCCACCUCGCCGACAAGAUUCCUUCGGGCCCCCUCAGUCUGGUGGCUUCCAGCAUGGACAAGCUGGCUACCAAUACGGAGCUUACGAUGCCAGCAACCCCCAAGGCCAUUCAGGAUACUAUGGCAGUAACCAACCUCAGCAGCAGCAAUAUGGCGGCAACGAUGCCUAUGCUCAGAACCAAGCCUACCAGGCACAAAUGGGACAGGGUCAGCAUGGUGGCCAACAACAAGCCCAGGGUACAAGUCUGCCACCGGAAGUGGCCAACCAUCAGUUUUCCCCUCAAUCGACUGACCCCAAUGCGCCCAACUACGACCCCAACGCUCCCCCAAUGACCGAGAGUGAUCGUGGCCUCCUCGGCGCUGUCGGGGGCGGCUUUGGUGGUCAUUUCUUGGGCAAACAGGCCGGUCAUGGCUUCCUAGGAACCAUUGGCGGUGCCAUCCUCGGCAGCGUGGCUGAAGACUUUUUGAAGGAUAAGAAGAAGCAGCACCAUAGCAGCAGCAACAGCAGCUGGGGUGGUGGCAGCAGAUACUAA